AGUUUCAGUUCUCCCCAAUCCCAAUUCGGCGAUUCCCAAUCGCGCUCGCGGCAAAACCCAUUCCAAAAUCUCGACUUGUACCUUCGAAAAAUCUCAACUCUCUCUCUGUCUCUCUCUAGGGUUUUGGGAACAAAUCGACAUGGCCGGCGCUGGGAUCCACCCAUACCACCAGCAAUGGCCUCCGGCAGCCGGUCCUCCGCCGCCUCCUCCGGUAGUCCCCGCUGUCGCUCCUCCUCCUCCUCACUACCUCGUCGACAACCCUAACCGGCCCGCCACCGACGAGGUCCGGACCAUUUUCAUUACGGGUCUACCCGAGGAUGUAAAGGAGAGAGAGAUACAGAACCUAUUGAGGUGGUUGCCGGGUUACGAGGCUUCCCAGGUCAACCACAAAGGCGAGAAGCCUAUGAGUUUUGCUCUCUUUUCCACUGCUCAGCAAGCCAUUGCUGCCAAAGACGCCCUUCAGGGAAUGAUUUUCGAUUCGGAGUCAAAGGCGGUGCUGCACACGGAGAUGGCAAAGAAGAAUCUUUUUGUUAAAAGAGGAAUCGUAGCGGAUGCAAAUGCUUAUGAUCAAAGUAAACGAUUGCGAACUGGUGGUGACUACACGCAGGCUGGUUAUAGCAGUCCAUCUCCUUUUCAUCCUCCUCCACCACCUGUUUGGGGGCCACAUGGGUAUAUGGCUCCACCACCUCCUCCAUAUGAUCCAUAUGGUGGUUAUCCUGUUCCUCCAGUACCAAUGCCCCCUUCUGCUCCUGUACCAGCACCUAGUAGUUAUGUACCUGUUCUGAAUACAAAAGAUAACCCACCGUGCAAUACCUUAUUUAUUGGAAAUCUUGGAGAGAGCAUUAAUGAGGAAGAACUGAGGGGCCUUUUCAACUCACAACCUGGAUUUAAGCAAAUGAAGGUCUUGAGACAAGAAAGGCAUACUGUUUGCUUCAUUGAGUUUGAAGAUGUAAACAGUGCCUCCAAUGUACACCACAGUUUGCAGGGUGCUGUUAUCCCCAGUUCGGGCUCUGUAGGCAUGAGAAUACAAUAUUCGAAGAACCCAUUUGGGAAAAGGAAGGAUGGGAACCACCCUGGUGCUGUCCCUGCUGCCAAUGGAGCUCCACCGGCUAUGACAUACCAGUAGCUUGAAGGGGAUGUACUCUGUUUUUUAUGCUACCGACAAAUACAACCACAUGAUAGGAUGCAUCUUGCAGCUGUUGCAUGCAUCCAUUUCAUCCUCACGUCAUCAGCAUUAGCAUCUCUCCUCAUGUGAAUGAAUGCACAUAGUGGCAUCAUGAACAUAACAUUUGUCCAUGUUAUAACGUUUUUGUGACAUGCAUUUUUCAGAAGUAUGUGUUAAUGCCUGGAUAUUAGGGGCAUAAAUAUUGUUAUCAUCUGUAGGAUGAGUGGUGCAUGGGUCUGCAGAUCUGUUGGAUUUGUGUUUGUUUUGCUUCAUAUUAAAUUGCUGCACAUCAAAAUUAGGAAUGGCCAUCUAUAGAGGCAUCUUUCUAUCUUACA